CAUGCAAAAUUGUAUCGCACGGGACGUUUUAGCCAAUUAAUUUAAAAAUUGUUGCUAAUAAGCCAAUCAGGAUCAAUGUACAACGGCUCCGGGUUUUCACCUACAAAAAAAGCAAAGUGAGCAGCAGUAGUUGAAGGGAAAAGUGGAUUAAGAAGUGGUUGAUAUUUUUGCUUUGUUAGGGAAAGAAAAUAUUGUUUUUUUUCCUGAAAACAUGACGGAUAAUUUAACCCUGAAUAAGCCGUCGCAAAGAAGAAGUACACAAGAUUAUCGAUAUGUUAAAAGUAGAGUAUUAACAAGGUUACGAAGUCAAAGACUGAAGAAAGUAAAAUUUCAAACUGAAAGGAGCAACCUAACUUCGAUUCUAAUGACCAGGUCUGCUGCUCGUAGCUUGUUUUCAACCCAGUCACUUCUUGAACUUCCAAAUGAACUAAUAUCAGUGAUACUUAGUUAUUGUAAUGCAAGAGAACUCAUCGUAUUGCAAUGUGUGUGCAGGAAGCUAUCCAAUCUUAUUAGUAAUAAUAUGUCCUUGUGGGCUCAUGUCAGUUAUCAAAAUAUGUGGCCAACUGCAAAUUUGGAUUGUGAAAUGUUUGAAAGGGGUGCAGAUGCUCGAAAUCAUGAAUGUUUAGUCAAGCUUGGGCUGGCACAUUUGUACCAUUACAAUUUAACUGCCUCUGCAGAGAAGACUGUAAAGGAAGUCAAAUAUCAUGCAAGUCUAUCUGCCAACUAUUUAUGCAGCCUGGACAACAGGAUUGUCCCAAAAAAACCAAUCACAUGGAUGCUACUCCGUCCACCCUGGUCAACUGCUAAAUCGAUUUGUUUAAAGCAGGCUGUGCAUAAUCAAAUGCUAAAGUUUAAGGGAUCAAAUGCUGAUAAAGUAGUUUGCUACAACCUGGGUAAAGUUCUUAAUUUAGAUAAUGAAAAUGAAUCAAAUGAUAUAAAGGCAAAAGAAAAUCUUUCAGCUGCUUCACUGAUGGGUUUUACUCAUGCUAAAUUUGAGAUAUUAUUGCAAGAGGAAAAAUCUGUUUUUGCUAAAACAGAUGUUGGUGCUCAACUUCAAUGGUUUCGUGAUUUGCAGGCAUGUGCUGCUAAUGGCAAUACUGAUGCUAGGUUCAAACUUUGUCAAUUAAUUGCAUCUCAUAAUAGUGAAAAGUUUUUAUGUCGCUUUGAAGCAAUUAAAUUUUCAAAGGCAUUAUUUCGAAACAGUGACUGCUCCCACAUAGAAAAGUUAGAGAAUUAUCAGCCAAAGAUCAAUAGUCUCAUGAGGUGCAUUCUAGUUGAUUGGAUUGCAGAAGUAGCCUAUAUGAAAGACAUGUCACACCAAGUGCUGCAUGCUGCUGUUCAUUACAUUGACUCUUUCCUAAUGACUAGAGUUGUGGAGAGGACAAAACUUCAAUUGUUAGGAAUCACAUGCUUACUUUUAGCUGCCAAGUCACACUAUGAUCCUCGUCAGGUGCAUAUCUUAACAGUUCGUGAGUCUUCUUGGUUGACAGACCAAACAUAUCAGUAUGAGGAUGUUGUAAGAAUGAUGGGAGAAGUAAUGGGAACAUUGAAAGCUGAUCUCUGGCGUUCAACCUCUUCUGAUUAUUUAGAGCUGCUUCUAUCAUCACCCUUAAUUCGCGACAUUGAAAAAGAUUUAGUUCAUUAUUUGCAUGAUUUGUCUCUACAGUACACUGUUGCUGGAACGUAUAAAAGAUCAGUAAUUGCAGCCUCAGUGUUAUUUUUGGCAAGAUUGAUCCUAAAUAUUGAAACACCUUGGCCAUCAGAGUUGUCAGAUUUUAGUGGUUUCCUAAUCAGAGAUAUUGCUAAUUGCACAGCAAUACUUUACUACAAAUGCUUUAUUUGUCCUUCGGUAAAAGACGAUAGAGAUUUGCCGUUAAGGAGCAUCAAGGAAGAAUAUUUAUCUCCUAAGCAUUCGAACAUUGCAAAUUUAACUUUUCCACAACAACUUCAGCUGAAAAGCCGCAUCUUGGCUGCUGACUGUACAUUGUCAUGUGUGUCCGAAGAUCCUUUACAGUUUGUUGUUAUGUCUCUUGAUAUUGAUGAAACGUUUAACGCUAGCGUUAGAAGUAUCGAUUACUAUGGUGAUUAUGAAGAUUUUCUAGAUCAUGUUAGUGAUUCAAGCUGCGACGAGGAAAGUUUCUGCGUAGGGAGAACUCAAAUAUCAUCGUUUAGAUCAGUGGACGAGUUCUCUGAUGAUGAGACAACUAUGGAUGCAGAAAGUUUAAAUUAUGGAUCCUCAAGACUGAAUCAGUCGAAGGAAAGUUUCACGCCUAUUUACCACAGUAAGAACGUAAAAGCAGUGAUGAUUGAAAAGAGUGAAAUGGUUGAGUUCAAAUAUAUCAAUCCGCUGAAUGAGAAAAGUGUUUUCUUGUUUCCUGAAGAGUCUUGCCAUUCACAACUUCAAGACAAGACAAAUGCAGUAUUGCCUGAGACACAGAGAAGUGGUCUAAAUUUUCCUAUUAAACGUAAACAUUCCUCGUUGCAUUCCGACAUUUGUAGUAAGCAACAUAGGAACAAUGUUGUUGGCAAAAGAACUAGAUGAACUUUAGUAAAUUUUAAAUAGUGUUAGUUUUUUGAAACAGUUUUAUUUUUUAUUUGCCUUAUAGGCGGAGUUUUUAUCGAAACCUUUUAUUUCCUCGUAGAAAGUAAUAGUUAUCGCAUGGUACAGAGUACAAUGUUACAUAUAACGGCUAGGAAAAUAAAAACAAAAAUAUCAGAAGGAAAAUAAUAUAUGUCAACUUGUACGACGCUUCGGGAGAUACCCAGUUUAUCAUUAUUGCAAAAAAAUCUCAGCAUGAUUUUAAAAUCGAAGGACGUGUUCUUUUUCCAAAAAAGUUUGUUGUAAAUUAUCUGUGGUAUAAAACCCGUGACAAUAAAUUCAAACAGUUAACGACCUACAAAUUUGUAAAAAGAUAAGAACGCAAACAAAAGUUAAUUUUUAAUAAGAAGUAGAAAAUUGUGGAUAAUGAAACCGCAUUUGCAUAUCACUAAGAGACGGAAUAAAAAAAUAAUUGUUUUCAUAUACAGCAGCUUGGUUUUUAAAAGUUUGUUUUGAUAACAUUCGAAGUUAUUUUCGAAAUUUGAAUACUGUCUGUUAAACAUCUGUUGUUGUUUCUGAAAAUAUGACAUAUUGUAUUUACCUCUCGUCUUAGUCAAUCACGUAUGAGAUGUUUUUCGUGCUAAUGAUGGAUGUGUCUAUUUAUACCAGAGCAUAAGUACUGUUAUUGAACAUUAAUUUGUUCUGUACAAUAUUUAUAUAUAUAAUUUAUAAAUAUGUAACAUUUAUAAUUUAUAACUUACUGAAACAUAUUUCAGGUAAUGUUUUAAGUUCCAGUAAAUUUUUUAACAAUGCAUUUUAUCAGUUCCUCUUAUCGCUUUUUUUAUUAUUUUUUAGUCAUUUUAGUGCAUAUUGGCUUCACUAACGUCUAUUUUGUGCAUCAGCAUAAAGAUUUUUUAAUUUUUUUAAUGACACGAUAACGCAUGCAAAAGAACAUUACAUACAAAUAUUUUAGCUAGAUAGCUUUUGUUAAGGGAAUAAAUUUUCGCGAAUUUCAAAUUCGCAAAAUGCGUAAAAUGUCAGGAUUGCUAUUCAUUUUUAAAAUUGAAUUUUAAGUUAACUUUUUAAACAACUUACUUUUUCGUGAGCAGAAUUAUAUGCGACUUCCUGUCUGUUUUUAAUUAAAAUUUUCAAAGUUACGGAAAGACGAAAAUAAAGUCGGAAAUUAUUUAAAAUCUGCGAAAGCUCGCCACAAUAUCUGACAUUAAAGUGUUUUUGAUUUAUUUUGAUUUAUUCUAAUUUUUUUGAAAUUUCAACAUAGUUAACUUCUUAUUCGCUAAACCGGAAACAUUAAUUGUAGCGAAAAUUUAUCCCUGUGGGGGCAGUAACCUUUGUGAGAAUAGUAAGUUUUUAUUAAAGUUUUAGUGUGAAGCUUUAGCAUAAAUAGAGUUUAUUAGUAUUAUUUAAUGCAUGUUUCAAACGUUAUAAAUAUAAAAUAACAUUUUUUAAAUUACGUUUUGAGUGAUACAGUGAGUUUUAUGUUAUUUAUCACGAUCAUAAUUUGUUAUAAAAUAAAAUGUUUUUAGCUUGAAAA